CCCAGAAUCCUUGUGAUCAGUGCGCUGGAGUUCUCUCUAAGUUGGAGCAGCCUGGACGGAGCGCUGCAGUGGUCUGGAUGGACAACCUGUGAACCAUUGCUGUGCACUGACUGAAACCUCAGCAUCCUGAUUUACCAUGGAGUUAGGAAGAGCUUGGUCCAGAUAUCAGAGGACGGUGCUGAUCACCAUGAUGAUGUUCAAACUGGGGCUACUGUGCACAGCGGCAGCAGACUCGUGUUUGUCAUCUCCAUGCUACAAUAACGGCACAUGUCUUGACCACCUGGGUGACUACGUGUGCAUCUGCCCCCCAGGACCAGUGCUGUACAUUGGCAAAAACUGUGAUGAGCUGUAUGACGCCUGUAUCGAGGCACCUUGCACCAAUUGUACCAGCACGCCUGGGACAAACGAGUUCACCUGCCAGUGCCCAGACGGCUUCACAGGACUUAACUGCACUCAGGAUGUAGAUGAAUGUCAGAGCAACCCCUGCAAAGGUAUCCGGUCCAAUUGUGUCAACAGAGUCAGUGGCUAUUCCUGCCACUGCCCCCUGGGACAGGGAGGGGAGGAUUGUCAGAAUAACGUCACCACUUGUUCAGAAGCGUCAUGCCAGAAUGCUGGCACCUGUAUGGACGUCCCUGACAUUGGGCAUGGCUGCCAGUGUGCUGCUGGGUACCAAGGGAGGAACUGUGAGGAAAACAUUGAUGAAUGCCUGUCUGACCCCUGUCAGAAUGGAGCCAUCUGUAAAGACGGGGUUAACACCUACCAGUGUUUCUGUGUGCCUGGAUUUCAAGGAUACCACUGUGACUUGGACAUCAAUGAGUGUGCCUCCCGACCCUGUCAAAACAAUGGCACAUGUCAGGAUGAGGUCGAUCACUACAGGUGUGACUGUGCUCCAGGCUUCAAAGGGAUUAACUGCCAGGUGGAGAUCGAUGAGUGUGAGGUGCAUCCCUGCCAGAAUGGUGCCACCUGCCAAGACCACAUUGCCACAUACACUUGUGAGUGCAUGGCCGGCUUCCAGGGCCAAGACUGCGAGGUCAACAUUGAUGAAUGUGCUAGCGUUCCCUGUUUGAAUCAGGGCAAGUGCAUUGACGGGGUUAACAGCUAUGAGUGUGGCUGUGAGGGCACUGGCUUUGUUGGGGACCACUGUGAAGAAGAUAUUCCUGAAUGUGCUUCCGACCCUUGCCAGCAUGGAGCUACAUGCUUGGAGAAGAUUAACGAGUACAAGUGCCUCUGUUGGCCAGGCUAUGAAGGAGAGAACUGCCAGCUGGAUGUUGAUGAGUGUGCGCAAGAGCCUUGUGAGAAUGCUGGCGAGUGUUUCCAGCGCUCAGAUACCCAAAACUACAGAAUGCUGCCCGAAUUCUCAAAGGCCAAUUUCAGCUAUGAGGAGGCAGCCGGGUUCAUCUGCCGCUGUCUGCCAGGAUUCACUGGAGACAGCUGCUCGGUCAAUGUGGAUGAAUGUGAGUCUGCUCCAUGUCAGCAUGGAGGAACCUGUCAGGAUCUGGUCAGCGCUUAUCAAUGUGUGUGUCCAGACGGCUUCGCAGGUGUACACUGUGAAGUGGACAUCAACGAGUGUGACAGUAAUCCCUGCAAGAAUGGCGCCAUGUGUGAAGAUGCUGCCAACUCCUAUAAGUGUCAUUGCCCCAAACCAGAGCCUGGCCAGGAGCCUUGGGGUGGUCAAGACUGUGACUUCACUCUGGUCGGCUGCCAGCAGCACCAGUGUCAACACCAAGCAGGUUGUGUCCCCCUGCUGACCAAUGAUGGAGAGCACACCUACACCUGCCUUUGUCCUCCUGGCUGGGCUGGAGAACGCUGCAAUACCUCCACCACGUUUUCCUUCAAUUCCAAGGGCUUUGUCCGCAUGCAACUGCCUUUUUACAAAAACCAAACGAAUCGAGAAACCAAGGAACAAGACAAUUACAGACUCCACAUGCAGCUCAGAUUCAAGAGCACUCUGGAUGACAUGGUGCUGUACUACCGGGGAACUAAGGACCGCUUCAUCUCUUUGGAACUAGUUGGUGGGUCCCUUUGGGCCAGGGUGAAAUCGGGGAAGUUACUGCAGGCAAUUUACCGUGGCCUAGUCAAUGACGGUGAAUGGUACACGGCCACUGUGACCAUGGAUGAAAGGCUGGUUCUGGUUGUAAAAGGACCUGGCUGCGAAGAAAACUGCGUGGUGAAAAAUGAGGGCUACAACCAUCUUAUCUUCCUUCAGCCCAGCUCCUUUCAACAGCUGUAUGUUGGAGGAGCACCCCAGGAAUAUUUAUCCCACCGGUCCAGCGCAAGGGGGUUCAUUGGCUGCAUGGAAGACCUUCAAGUUGACCAUAAGCUGCUCCUGCCUCAGGACCUCAUCAGGGAGGAGAAUCAGGGCUUGGAAAUAGGAUGCCGGAAAAAAGAUUGGUGUAAAGAUGACCCAUGCAUGCAACGUGGGCAGUGUGUGGACAUGUGGGUUCAUCCCAGCUGUGAGUGUAACCGUCCCUAUUAUGGAGAAAGCUGUGAGAAAGGUUAUCCAUCCUGGACCUUCGGUCAUGAGAACACCACCAGUUAUGUCAGCUUCAACAUCACGCAAACCCAUGGCGACAACUUCACAAUCUCCUUUUUAAUGCGCUCCUUCAAGCACAAUGGUCUGCUUCUGCAGCUCCAUAGAGAAGGAAAUCCUUACCUGACAGUCUAUCUGAAGGAGGGCACUGUUGCUAUUUAUAGCCCUCACACCACACUGCUGUCGGAGGCAAGGUUUGUCACUGAUGGCAACAAUAAUUUGGUGACUUUAAAGGUGCAGUAUGGCCACGUUGUUUUCUCCAAAGCAGGAAAUCAUCGUGCAUUAGGAAACGUUAGUAUAGUGGCAGGGGACGUGGCGUAUGUGGGAGGACUUCCUGCAGGCAAGAGUAUGAAUGCCUGGAGUGGACAUUUCAAGGGCUGCCUGCAGGACAUUCGUCUGGACCACAGGCAUCUGACCACUCAGGAUCCUCUAGGAGGGGUCGAAGUUUACCAGGCCAGUACAGAGGAGAAUGUGCUGCCAGGAUGCCAUAGUGAUGACACAUGCAAGGAUCAGCCGUGUUUAAACGGUGGACAGUGUCAGGUUACCUGGAACGACUUUCAGUGCAACUGCUCCAUGAGGUACGAUGGGCGACUGUGCGAGACCCGUCUGUGGUGCAUGGACGACCCUUGUCCUGAUGCAGUGCGUUGUGUGGACAUACAUGAUGGUUAUGAGUGUUUAACUGAAGCCACCUUUCUGGACAACGCCCUUCAGUAUGUUGCCAACAGCUCCCUGCUGGGCCCCAUAACCAACGUCACCAUAGAUAUUCGGACGCGUGACGAAAACGGGAUCUUGCUGCGGGCCGUCAGCGGAGCAAAGGUGUUCUGCCUGGGUCUGCUCAACUCCUCCCUGCUGGUCAAGCUGGACGGUGGGGAGAGUCAGGAGCUGCUGGCCUUCACAAGUGAUAGGGCCAUUGCAGAUGGAGCAUGGCAUCGGAUUGAAGUGGCCAUGGUCGAUCCCACACAGUCAGCAUCCCGCUGGCGCCUUACAGUUGACGGCCAGAGAGUUGGUGGCAGCUUUGGCCUCGGAGACAACCUUAACUUCCUCAAUGACACCAAAAUCUGGCUGGCUGAGAAAUACACUGGAUGUUUAGGGGAGGUGAGAGUGGGUGGAGUCUACCUGCCACUAGUAAAUAUACCAGAUGCCCCUCAGGUUAGCCAGUUUUCCAGAUUGGGUGGACAUGAACCAUUGAAAGGAUGCCAAGGCCCACCGAUUUGUGAUUCCCAACCCUGCUUGAAUCAGGGUGUAUGCCUGGAUCAUUUUAAUGAGUUUAACUGCACCUGCAUCGCAGGAUGGGAGGGGGAGCUGUGUGAGAAGGAGGUAAAUGAGUGUUCUUCAAGUCCCUGUUUCUAUGGUACAUGUAAAGACCUUCUAGCACACUACCAGUGUGACUGUGAGCCUGGAUACACGGGGAAAGACUGCCGGGACGAGGUGGAUAACUGUCUGGAGUAUAGCUGUGUGAAUGGAGGAACCUGCACGGUUAAUAUGGGAGUUCACACAUGUUCUUGUCCUACCGGCUAUAACGGAAAACGCUGUCAAUGGCGUUUUCCUCCAGCGGCGUGCGAUGCAAAUACAGAUUGUCUCAACGGGGGGGUCUGUAUAGGAAGUGUCUCUGGAGGCAACUGCACCUGUAAACCUGGUUACACUGGUGCCAGGUGUGAGACAGAAAUAGACGAGUGUGAGUCCAGCCCUUGUCUCAAUGGGGCCACCUGUCUGGACAGACUCAACCACUUCCAGUGUGUGUGUGUGCUGGGUUUCAGUGGGACAUCCUGUGAGAGAAUCAAAGAGGAACAUAAGGAGCGAGUCCCCUGGCUGGUGGUGACCAUUCCUCUGACCACCCUGUGUGUGUUACUGGCCACACUGGUGGUGUUUUGCCUCGUCAUUACAGCACGGAAGAAGCGUCAGUCAGAGGGAACUUAUAGCCCCAGCUCUCAGGAGGUGGCUGGUGCCAGGUUGGAGAUGGGUAGUGUCCUCAAAGUGCCUCCAGAGGAGAGGCUGAUCUGAGUCCUGCCUCACUGCCUUACAUCCUGUGGAUGUAUCCAUGUAAAGGGCAGAGAAACCUGGUGCUCUGCAGUGUCCCACUGAUGGCUUCCUGACCCACAAAGAAGCAAUGGAUAAUAUGGCAAUGACUGAUCCUCCCAAUGGGAAAACUACUGACCUCAAUGUCAGUCUAUUGAUUACUCAGGCUGUCUUGAAUAAUCCUGUAUAGUCAGAGGAGGUUCAAAAUGGUCUCAAGGACAAUCUCAAGCUCCAUUCCCAUGGAACUAAAAUGAUGCCAGAGCCACGUGCACUAGAGAAAAGCUCAAAACCUGUGGGUGUAAAGGAAUGUUUUCACACAGGCUGAAACUUUCUAACACCCUACCUUUGGUAAACUAAGCAAGAUUUUCAUUAUUUAAAAUUCAGCGAAGCAAAAGAUUUAAAACUUCCUCCACUGCUGAUUGGGUUUAUCGUUGCAGGGGAAUGAAGGGUAUGUAGAGGGAAAAAAUGUAUUAAUUGUAUAAUACUAUAAGGCAGGAGUAUUGACCACCAACACGUUUAGGAGAUCAACCCUCAGUUAAAUCCUGACUACAUCUAGAGGGCCCUUGGUAAUGCUAGUCCUGAAUGACACCAUCUCUUCUGCCAUAAUAGGCUUAACUUUAACCUUAACUUUGGCUUAACCUUAACUUUUCGACAGUUAUGUACUGUUUUUUUUCUUUAAGGAAAACAGCAAUUGCAAAAAUCUGCUGAAAAAGAAACACCUUUUUGAUUCAAAACUCAUGGCCUGUGUUUGCUGAAUCAGAAUAUUUUUUCAAGAGCUUAAUAUCUAUGAAACAAUUCUCUUAUAUCUGCAGGUUUUCACUCACUUUCUUUUGAGUCGAUUCUCUUUAUUUGGGCUACUGCAGUCUGUGAGCGAAGAGGACAUCACUGCAGCCUCUGCAGGAGUCAAACACUGUUAUUUCAAUAUGUGGUGUGUUAUAUUGUCAUGUGCACUGUAUGUGUGACCCAAUCCGCUCUUUCUUUGAUACUGUGUAAAUCUGCUUUAGGAUUUCAUCUGAGUUGUUGCAGCAUGAUUUUCAUGCCCCAGUAUUUUCCUUUUUCUGAUAUUGUAAAGGGGAACUGUAUUUAGUUGCAGGAAUCUUUGUGGUAUGGUCUCAGGUGUUAUCAGUGUUUGUGGACACACAUGGAGAUUCGUUUUAAAACUUAUUUGCUUUUUUCUAAGAGAUAUUUAAGAAGUCAAAAAGGCUAAGUAUGGAAGGUUAUCAGGAAGUGGUUAGUCUGCCUUAGUGUAAAUAGAUGAAGCGGACAGCAUGACUGUCCUAAAUACUGUCUUGAACCAACCAUAAUAUUGAAUGUUAUAUUUCCAUUUUUCAAAAAUGUGCACAAUGUAUUUCUCUAUCAUUAGUAUUGUAACAUUUGAAGUCACCAUAUCAAUACAUGGCUGUAAAUAGAAUGACACAUGUCUUUGGGCGAGUAAGACACACGUUACUCGCAUUAAUAGACUCACGUUAGUAAUGAAUCACAUGAGUCAUUACUAACAUUAAUAAAGACUCAUGUUAGUCAUGACUCAUGUCAUUAGUUAGUCACAUGAAAAACAACUGACGUUCCCCAAGUAACUAACCAAUCACGUUAGUCCAGUGACUUAAUGUUUCAAAUGAGUAAUGAUGCAGUUCACUAAUGACAUAGUUACUUUUAGUAUUCUGUGAUAAGAAGAAAGCAGUCACAUAGACAGUAGUCUUCUUUUUAUUUGACUACACUUCUGGACUAUCACACACUUUAUGUAAAAUUCUCUGAUUUUUCACAAAUGUUGCAAAUAGAGUUUACAUUGAAGUUUGUUUUGCAGGUCUAAGGGUGCAAAAGGGAUGAUUUGUGCCAUGAUUUCCAAAUAUCGAGGGGCAAUGGGAAACUCAUGGUAUUUGAUGCGUUGGGAUAGAGAAGUGGUUGCUCUUGCGUUGGGGACACUGCACAGGAAUAUUGGAAGGAUGGACAUUGUUCACCAUUAAAUAGUUCCAGGAGUCCAUUUUCGUUUGUCUAAAGACUAAGAAAAUAAGAAACAACGCAGAAUACCUACCAGCUGUUUAGAA